AAUGGCAACACUGGAAUACCGUGAAAGGUCGUCGCCGGACGCGACGUAGCACGCCGUCACGGUCGUUUCCACGAAACUCCCCUCCACCUAUGACGAAUAGCGUAGCCAAUAGUAGGGGAAGUGGCAGUCUGGUAGAGGGCGUAGUCACUUUUCGCGUGUUUCUCAUCAAUUUUUCGUGAUAGAUAUAGUGUAAUUCUUUCCGUCUGAGCUGCCAACAGUCAAACUUCGAGGGAGCUGUUUGCUUACAAGGUUGUAGAAGCGACCGAAAUUGAAAAUAAUUUUUCCAUGGCACGCUCCGACAAUGGUAGGAGAAACAGAGUUUUCGAUACUUCAAUGGCGGCGCCAGUCGUGAGCCCUCGAUCACAUUUUUCACCAAGGACUUCAAGUUCACUGAACUUGAAGUCAAAAGAAGAUAGAUUAACUACAUUUUCGGGAUGGCCAGUAUCAUUUAUGAGCGAAAAUUCAUUGGCAACGGCUGGAUUCUAUUAUUUGCACAAAGGCGAUGUAGUUCGUUGUGCCUUCUGUGGAGUGGAAGUGGCACACUGGGAGGAGGGGGAUAACCCAAUGGAAGAACACAGGCGUUGGUCACCGUCAUGUCCUCUACUACGAAAAUCAACAGCGAGUAACGCCGGAAGCAGUGCAUCCUCGUCGACAAAUGCAAACAGCAAUCCAGUUUACGAUGAAUGCGGUCUAUAUGGCAUCGAAAUUAGACCCAAUUCUGGGCCUGAGAACGGUAAACCCUUACUGGAGCAGCUGGGAGUUAACAAAAGUAGAGGGCCUGUACACAGGGCAUAUUUAAGCUACAAUGCACGAAUGCAGUCUUUUGCGACUUGGCCUUUAUCAUUGAAACCACGACCAGAAGAACUGGUAGAAGCAGGCUUCUUUUAUACAGGUAAGAGUGAUGAAACAUUAUGCUUCAAUUGUGGAUGUGGUUUGAGAAAUUGGGAGCCAACCGAUGAUCCUUGGAUAGAACAUGCAAAAUGGUCCUCUCAGUGUUCAUUUGUUGUUCUGAACAAAGGAAAGGACUUCAUACAGAAAGCAAUGUCCAAAGAGCAGCCUUUGUUACAACCAGAAGAUAUUGAAAAACUUGGUAUUAAGGAGGAGAAGCAAACGUUGAAAUCUGCAAAUUCUUGUUCCACAGAAUUGCAGCAGACUGCAAAGAAAUCUCCUGAACCAUCAAGUGACAGGUUGUGCAAAAUUUGUCUCCAAGAGGAGUUAGGGGUAGUGUUCCUACCCUGUGGACAUCUUGUUGCGUGUGUCAAAUGUGCUCCUAAAAUUGAAAAUUGUCCAAUUUGUCGGAAACCUCUUACCGCUACUGUGAGGGCUUUCUUAUCGUGAUAAUUCUGAGGCUUGAGGAAGGACUAACAGACCAAAGCAUUUGCAUGUAUUAUGUAUAUAUAUAAAAAUAUUUAUGGCAGUCUAUGGUGAAGUUGGACAGAUAAAAUUGCCUUUCUCAAGUAUUGUUCAUAAUGUUGUGUAUGAGCCUUUGAUGGAAAUGAGUUCUUUGCAUGUACAAAGAGAAGAAUGAAGAAAAUGUAAAAUAGUGUGCUUCAGAAGCUUAUGCUAUGUAAUAUAAAUACUGCUAAUUUAAUAUAUUAAACUAAAUGGUUUUUGAUAACCUUGUUUUGAACUUUCAAUUUUCUGAUGAAUUUUGUUCUUGCCAGCUUUUCAAAUAGAAAUUGUAGCAGUAAAGACAAUUAACACAGAGGUCAGUCACCAAACCUGGAGUCCUUGACACCAGAAUCAAUUUUUUUUAAAUUGAAGAAACCUUGAAAACAUCCUCAACUGUGGUCACAAGACUGUGUUAAUUGGGUAAUAGGCAGCUUGUGCAGAAACUAUUGCUGACCAAAUGUCGUUUCGGUUAACGAUAUUGCAAUCGUGCCCUUAAGUAUUGAUUUCAAUUUCUGGUAUCUGCCUGACUAUAGCAGCCCAUCAACAUGAACCAUGAAAGGUACAUAGUUACAGCACACUCUGCUACCACAAAUUGAGUCUAUCAUCGUGUAUUGCUCAUGCAACCUUUUUUGAACAAUGGAUUGAAGAAAUGCAGGUAGUGGGGUAUUAGUUAUAAAAUUGGCCACCAGUUUUUAUGAAUCGAAGCCAGUCUGGAGAAUCAGUCAUGCCUUCACAUUCUCAAUAUAUUCUUUCUCAAAAGUUUGAGAUAUCUCCUGCCUUUUUUUGUUGUUGAGAAAAUAACGAAUAGAAGUUCUUGCUUUCAAAAGAGAUUUUUUUUAUUUCACACCAGUAAAGAUUGUUUGGAAUGUCACCAGUGCUCGCUGUGAGCUUUUGCCUUCAACUGUUUGUGCCAAAGAUGGGGAAGCAAGGUCAUUGUUCAAGAAAAUUUGUGAGUAAU